GAAAAGCGUUUGACAUCACGUAUGUGCGCCUGAAGUUCCACACCAGCCGGCCUGAGAGUUUUGCCAUCUACAAGCGCACACAGGAGGAUGGCCCUUGGGUGCCCUACCAGUACUACAGUGGAUCCUGUGAGAGCACCUAUCACAAAAUCAACCGUGGCUUUAUCCGCACUGGGGAGGACGAGCAGCAGGCACUCUGCACUGAUGAGUUCAGUGACAUCUCCCCUCUUACUGGAGGCAAUGUGGCCUUCUCAACACUGGAGGGGCGUCCCAGUGCCUACAACUUUGACAACAGCCCAGUGCUGCAGGAAUGGGUGACGGCUACAGAUAUUAGAGUGACCCUCAAUCGUCUGAACACAUUUGGAGAUGAAGUUUUCAAUGACCCAAAAGUUCUGAAGUCUUACUACUAUGCAAUUUCUGAUUUUGCUGUGGGUGGUAGAUGCAAAUGCAAUGGGCACGCAAGCGAGUGUGUGAAGAAUGAGCUUGGGAAGCUGGUCUGCAACUGCAAGCACAACACGUUCGGAGUGGACUGUGAAAAGUGCCUUCCUUUCUUCAAUGACCGCCCAUGGAGGAGGGCAACCGCAGAGAGCGCCAACGAGUGCCUGUCAUGCGACUGCAACGGGCGGUCCCAGGAGUGCUACUUUGACCCCGAGUUGUACCGCGCCACAGGCCAUGGCGGCCACUGCACCACCUGUGCCGGCAACACAGAUGGACCCCACUGCGAGCGCUGCCGGGAUAGCUUCUACCGCCUGGCCAGUGAUGAGGCCUGUCUGCCAUGCAGCUGCAAUCCAGUCGGCUCCCUCAGCACACAGUGCGACAGCUACGGCCAGUGCAGCUGCAAACCUGGUGUGAUGGGGGACAAGUGUGACAGGUGCCAGCCAGGGUUCCAUUCCCUCUCUGAAGCUGGGUGCAGGCCAUGUUCUUGCAAUGCUGCUGGUAGCACAGGAGAAUGCAACAUUGAGACAGGGCGAUGUGUGUGCAAGGACAGUGUGGAAGGAUUCCACUGUGAGAGAUGCAAACCUGGAUUUUUCCAUCUGGAUUCCUCCAACCCAAGAGGCUGUACCCCCUGCUUCUGUUUUGGACACUCUUCAGUCUGCACCAGUGCUGUGGGCUACAGUAUCUAUAACAUCACAUCCAGCUUCGAGUUUGGAGAGGAUGAGUGGCGUGCUGAGCAGCGUGAUGGCUCGGAAGUCUUGCUCCAAUGGAGUGCUGAGACCCAAGAUAUCUCCGUUAUCUCAGACACCUACUUUCCCAUGUACUUCGUUGCACCCCGCAAGUUCUUGGGCAACCAGGUUUUGAGUUACGGGCAAAACCUGACUUUCUCCUUCCAUGUGGACAGGCGGGACACACGCCUCUCUGCAGAAGACCUGGUGCUGGAAGGGGCUGGGCUGAGGGUGUCAGUGCCUCUCAUUGCCCAGGGCAACUCCUACCCCAGUGAGAAUGUGCAGACCUACACCUUCAGGCUCCAUGAGGCUGCAGAUUACCCGUGGAGGCCUGCUCUUAUGGCAUUUGAAUUCCAAAAGCUUCUCUACAACUUGACUUCCAUCAAGAUCCGUGGGACAUACAGUGAGAGAAGUGCCGGUCACCUGGAUGAUGUCACCAUCACAAGUGCUCAUCCCGGACCUGGUGUGCCUGUGGCCUGGGUGGAGAGCUGCUCAUGUCCAGUGGGAUAUGAGGGGCAGUUCUGUGAGCGUUGUACCUCUGGGUACUGGCGAGAGACCCCAAGCCUCGGGCCCUACAGCCCCUGUGUGCCUUGCACAUGCAACGGGCACAGCGAGACAUGUGAUCCUGAGACGGGCAUGUGCAAUUGCAGGGAUAACACAGCGGGGACUCACUGUGAGAAGUGCAGCGAUGGGUAUUAUGGCGAUGCCACGGCUGGCACAGCCUCGGAUUGCCAGCCCUGCCCAUGCCCAGGCAUCUCAAGCUGUGCCAUUGUGCCCCGCACCAAGGAGGUUGUGUGUACCAGCUGUCAGGCUGGCACUACAGGCAAGAGGUGUGAGCUGUGUGAUGAUGCCUAUUUCGGAGACCCACUGGGCAAAAAAGGUGCUGUGAGGCCCUGCCGCCUAUGCCAGUGCAACAACAACAUCGACCCCAAUGCUGUGGGCAACUGUGACCGCCAGACUGGCGAGUGCCUCAAGUGCAUCUACAACACUGCUGGCUUUUACUGUGACCGCUGCAAGGAUGGCUUCUUUGGGAACCCCCUGGCCCCUGACCCCUCUGACAAGUGCAGAGCUUGUCACUGCAAUCCCUACGGCACAGUGAAUCAGCAGACGAUUUGCAAUCAAGUGACUGGGCAGUGUGAGUGCUUGUCUCAUGUCACUGGGAGGGACUGCAGUGCCUGUGAGCCUGGAUUCUUCAACCUCCAGAGUGGACGUGGCUGUGAGAGGUGCAACUGCCAUGUGCUGGGCUCCACCAGUGGGCAGUGUGACAUCCAAACAGGACAGUGCGAGUGCCAGCCAGGCAUCACCGGCCAGCAUUGUGAUAGAUGUGAGGCAAACCACUUCGGCUUUGGCUCUGAAGGCUGUAAACCUUGUGACUGUGAUCCUGAGGGCUCGCAGUCCCUGCAGUGCCGGGAGAACGGUCACUGUGAGUGCAAGGAAGGCUUCGUGGGGAGCCGCUGCAACCAGUGUGAGGAGAACUAUUUCUACAACCGCUCGUGGCCAGGCUGCCAGGAGUGUCCAGCCUGUUACAGAUUAGUGAAAGAUAAGGUAGCAGAGCAGCGUCAAAGACUGCAGGAGUUGGAAAAUCUUAUAGCAAAUCUGGGUACCAGAGAAGAAACUGUAACUGAUGAAGCCUUUGAAGAGAGGUUGAAGCAGGCAGAAAGAGAAGUUACAGAGUUGCUUCAUGAAGCACAAAAGAGCAAAGACGUAGAUCAGGGCCUCAUGGAUCGUCUCAGAGACAUCAACAGCAGCUUAGUGAGUCAACUCAACAGACUGAGGAACAUCCAGGGCACGGUGCAGGACACAGAGAACCUGGCGGAGCAGGCGCGGGUGCGGGUGGAGGACACUGAGGACCUGAUCAGCUUGGCUUCUGAUAUGCUGGAGAAGGCCAAGAUGGCAGCUGCCAACGUGUCCAUUACAUCUCCAGAGCAAAUUGGGGACCCCAACAACAUGACUCUGUUGGCAGAAGAGGCCCGUAAGCUGGCAGAAAGGCACAAAAAGGAAGCUGAUGAGAUUGUUCGCACAGCCAAGGCUGCAAAUGAUACUUCCACAGAAGCAUAUCAACUGCUGAUGAAGACCCUGGCUGGAGAAAACCAAACUGCAAUUGAUAUUGAUGAGCUCAACCAGAAGUACAGUCAAGCAAGGAAUAUUUCUCAAGACCUAGAGAAACAGGCCAACAAGGUGCUUGUGGAGGCAGAGGAAGCUGGAAACAGAGCCCUGGAGAUAUAUGCUAAUCUCACCAGCCUGCCUACUGUGGAUUCCACAGGGCUAGAGAAUGAAGCAAAUAAGAUCAAUAAGGAAGCAGAGGAACUGGAUCAACUAAUUGCCAGGAAGCUAAAAGAUUACGAGGACUUGAGAGAAGAUAUGAAAGGAAAGGAGUUAGAAGUAAAGAACCUCUUGGAGAAAGGGAAGACAGAGCAGCAGACUGCAGACCAGCUCUUGGCUCGAGCAGAUGCAGCAAAAGCCCUGGCUGAAGAAGCUGCUCGGAAGAGCAGUGGCACACUACAGGAGGCCAAUACCAUUCUCAGCAAUCUGAAAGACUUUGACAGGCGGGUGAAUGAUAACAAGACAGCAGCUGAGGAGGCACUGAAGAAAAUCCCUGCCAUCAGCCAGACCAUUGCAGAGGCCAACAACAAGACACACCAGGCAGAGCUGGCACUGGGCAAUGCUGCUGCUGAUGCCCGAGAGGCCAAGGCCAGAGCAGAUGAUGCUGAGAAAAUUGCCAGCUCCGUUCAGAAGAGUGCUGCUGCUACCAGAGCUGAAGCCGACAAGACCUUUGCUCACGUGACAGGACUGGCCAGGGAGGUGGAUGACAUGAUGAAGCAGCUGCAGGAUGCAGAAAAAGAGCUGAAGCAGAAGCAGGCCAAUGCUGAGCAGGAUAUGAAGAUGGCAGGCGAGGCCUCACAGGCUGCCCAGGAGGCAGAAGACAAUGCAAGAAAAGCUAAGAACUCCGUGAACAGCCUACUCACUGUCAUUAAUGACCUGCUGGAUCAACUAGGGCAACUGGAGACUGUGGACUUGAACAAAUUGAAUGAAAUUGAAGGUACCCUGAACAGUGCCAAAAACCAGAUGAAAGAUAGUGACCUGGACCAGAAAGUGUCUUUCCUUGAGAGAGAAGCCAAGAAGCAAGAUGAUGCGAUACAGGCCUACAACAGGGAUAUUGAAGACAUCCUGAAGGACAUUAGCAACCUGGAAGACAUCAGGAAAACCUUGCCAUCUGGCUGUUUCAACACCCCGUCCAUUGAGAAACCCUAAGGGUGUGCUGGGGGUGGGGGGAAUCGCCAUGGUGAGUGGUGAUUCAGCCAUGUUUGGCCAUGGAGUGCCUUAACACACAUUACCGUCUCCAAAUCCCCAACUCUUUGCUGCUCGCAGCCGCUGUUUUCUUCUCAAGUCAGGAUAAGUUGAAAGGGUUUUUGUUUUUUUUGUUUUUUUGGGUUUUUUUUGUUUGGUUGGGGUUUUGGUUUUUGUUUUGGGGUUU